AUGACUCAGUCGGUAAAAUCUCUCACACCAUGGCUCCUCCUUCUCUUCUUCUUCUGCAGGGGAAAUGGGGAGGACAGUGGGCCGGGCAGGCUGAGCCGCAGACUGUCUCGUCUGGGCAGCCGGCAUCAGUCCAGGGAUCCACCGAGACCUGCAGCUCCACCGGAGAGACCUCCUGCUCCGCCUGAAAGACCUGCUCACCAAGAUGACAGGCCUCCUCCACCUGUCCCUGAUCCACCUCCACCUCUACCUCCUGCACCUGCUCCCGCCCUAACGCCACCCAAACGCCCCGACAAAGCCACAAAGCCCAAACUUCCUCCUCGACCGCUUUCCAAGGUGUUUGGCAGCACCGACCAUGGAGCGGCUGUGCUGCAGGGCUGUGACCAUUUUCGGGCGGAUGAGACUCUCUGCGAUGUCGUCUUGGUUCCAGGUGACGGCAAAGAGAAGUUCCCCGUCCACCGAGUCAUCAUGGCCUCAUCCAGUGACUAUUUCAAAGCAAUGUUCACAGGAGGCAUGAGAGAACAAGAGAUGAGGGAGAUCAAGCUGCACGGGGUCACCAAGUUAGGCUUAAAGAACAUCAUCGACUUCAUUUACACGUCCAAAGUCUGCCUUGACAUGGGGAAUCUCCAGGAGACGCUGGAGGCUGCAAACUUCCUGCAGGUCAUGCCCGUGCUGAGCUUCUGUAAUAAGCUUCUGAGCAGUGAGAUCAUGAUUGACAACUGCGUGGAAAUCGAACACAUCGCAACUGACCUGCAUCUGGAGGAUGUUCAGCUGAAUAUAGGUGAGUUUUUGAGCCAGAACCUCUCUGCGAUGGUUCAGAGUGGCCGAUACCUCCAGCUCUCUGAGACCAGCGUGGCACACGCUCUGGCCAGCAACUCACUGGAAGGUUUCUCUGAACUGGAACUCUAUCACAUCGCCAGGAAUUGGGUGAAUCAUGAACCCACCAAACGCCGCUCGUCUGUCUUCGCCUUAAUGCGCCACAUUCGCUUCCCUCUGAUGAGCCCCGGUGAGCUCAUCCAGAUCUCCCAGGAUGACGAAGAAGGGACCGACUCCUUGAUGCGCUCUGACACGGCCUGCGUGAACCUCCUGCUGGAGGCCAGCAACUACCAGAUGAUGCCGUUCAUGCAGCCGACGCUGCAGACCGAGCGCACACAGAUACGCUCAGACUCCACGCAUAUUCUGGCACUGGGCGGCGUCAUGCGGCAGCAGCUGGUGGUGAGCCGAGAGCUGAGGCUGUACGAUGAGAAGACGGGCCACUGGAAGGCGUUACAGCCCAUGGAGGCGCCACGCUACCAACAUGGCGUAGCUCUUCUAGGCGGCUUCCUCUUCAUUGUUGGAGGUCAAAGCACAUACGACACAAAAGGUAAGACGGCCAUUGACAGCGCCUACCGCUACGACCCGCGCUUCGACAAGUGGCUCCAGAUUGCGUCACUCAACGAGAAGAGGACCUUCUUCCAUCUCAGCGCUCUGAAGGGGAAACUGUUUGCUGUGGGAGGAAGAAACACCUCAGGAGAGAUCGACACCGUGGAGUGCUACAACCUGAAGAAAAACGAGUGGACAUUUGUGACCAAUAUGAUGGAGCCUCACUAUGGACAUGCUGGAACAGUCCAUGGAGACCUCAUGUACAUUUCAGGCGGCAUCACCCGUGACACCUUCCAGAAGGAGCUGUGGUGUUAUGACCCUACCACCGACACGUGGAGCCGCCGCGCCGACAUGAUGGAGCUGCGCGGCCUGCACUGCAUGUGCACCGUCGGGGACAAGCUCUUCGUCAUGGGCGGGAAUCACUUCCGAGGCAGCAGCGACUACGACGACGUCCUGGGCUGCGAAUACUACAGCCCGCAGACGGACCAGUGGACCAUGGUGGCAGCCAUGCCUCGAGGCCAGAGCGACGUGGGAGUGACCGUGUUUAACGGGCAGAUCUAUGUGGUGGGAGGGUAUUCGUGGAACAGUAGGUGCAUGGUGGACAUUGUGCAGCGGUACGAUCCAGAACACGAUGUGUGGGAGCGAGUGUUCAACGUGCUGGAGCCUCUGGGCGGGAUUCGAGCCUGCACCAUGACGGUGCAUCUGCCUGAGGGUUCAGUGGACGAGGCUCAGAUACAGGAGUGUCCACUGCCCACGGCCAAGUGCUAAGACCAGCGCAGAGCAGAGUUUUAUCUGAAGAGCACUUUUCCAACACACAAAUAUUUAAAAACAACACAAAGACGGAAUUUUGGGAAAUCAAUUUAGUUUAAAAUGAAUAAAAAAUGUAAAAAGAAGUAACAGGAGUAAACAAUAAAUAUGUUUAAGUCCUAAAAUAAGGUUAAAGGAAUGGUUUAAUGGAUACAUAAGUUAGGUUACAUUUUUGCACUCAAAAACAGCAAUUAAUAAAUUAAUUAUAUUAAUAAAAUUACUUUUUUUUCUUUUUUUUAAACAAGCUGCAUUGUUUAAUUUCAAGUUAUCAGCUGAUGCUUAUGUUUGUUUCUACCAUUAGUGUGUGUGUGUGCUCUGCAUUUUCUGGUAGAAUAUAUUUUCUCUUGCUGAGUUUAAUUAACAAAAACAAUUAUUAUUGUGAAUUGCUAACAUUAGCAUGAUGCGGCUACUUCUUCUUUUUUAUUCAAGACCUCAUAAACAAACUCAACAUAAUAUCCAUGUUUAAUUGGGUGAAUUGUUUUAAAAGAUUUAUUAAAUUUGUAGAUAUUCUGUAUUUUGCGUUUGCAAUGUAUGAGUCCAUAGCCAUGAAAUAUUAAAUGCUUUUUAACUGAUCUUCUUGAGUUUAAAGGUAUUUAAAUAUGUUUUGAAAAGUAUUAAACUGUACAAAUGAACAAUAAUAAUAAUAACAUGUAAUAGCACCACUUCUUACAGUCGGUGUUAUUUUUUUGCUUAGUUCAUACUGUAAAAUAAAAGUUUUCUGUAAAAGCCUUAAGUUUUUAUCUGCCAAUCAUUAAAUUCUGUCCAUCAAACAAGGAAUAUUGCAAUUUGCAAAAAAAGGAGGGAAAUACACCUGGCUUGCUAAUAUUAGCAUGCUACUCUUACAUUUGUUUCACUUUUAUUGCAUCUUUUUAAAAGGUCAUAUAUGUGAGUAAUGUAUUAAAAUAAGACGUGAAAUGACGAUGUUAUGUUCAUGAGAGUUUGAGGAAACGUAUAAAGUAAGCAUUUCAGUGGGGAGCAGCAGUAAAACAGGCAGGCAAAAAAAAAAAACUAGCCAACCUACUUUUAGGACAAACAGCCAACAAAAGAUGUAUAAUUCACAGAAUAUAAAUAACAGAGAAUUCAACUUGCCCUGAAACAUUAAACAUGUACAGCCUCAACUCAGGGACAAAGAUACAGAUUUAAGCAUGGUCACAGAAAGGUAAAAAAUGUAAAAAAUAGAUGACUGUUUACUCGAAAAAUAAGACAUAAAAUAAGGAGGCAGAACAUAGAGUAAUAACGUGUGUAAAAAAUAUAAGGGCAUACAGCACAAUUCAACCAGAUAAACACACAAAAUCAGCAACAAUCAAUUUGUAGUGCAAUUUUUUAGUUUUGAUGCAAACCGUAGCUUCUCCAACACACUUGUAACUGAAAAGGUUGAGGUGAGGGACAUUUAACUGCGACAAGUGACUUCAACAAGGCCAAACUAGCCUCAACAAGUCCUUCUGCAGCUACAACCACAAACACACACACACACACACACACCUUGAAUAGUCUGAUGAACAUAAAUAACAUUGAAACUACCCUUGAAAAUGUAUCCUUCACCUCAAGAUAAGACGCCAGACAGACUGACGACAGCUGUGAUGUGGACUGUGCAAAAAUGACUGCUAUUUACUUAACAAUAAAGCUAUUGAGAAGGAAAAUGGAACGGAACUGUAGAAUGGAGAACUGUUUUGAUGAGGUUUCCUUGUGAAAUAGAUAUCUAUAUAAAGGACUUCCUGAUAAAAAAUUGUUUAAAAUAACAGUGUGACAUGACCUGCAAUAAACUGUCAACAUUGAGCUAAAAACAAAAGUGUGGCUCAGUUAGAGGAGAAAAAAAAACGCCCACAUAAAACUGUUAUAUGCUGCCUAUGGUAAAGAAAAUGCUUGUAACCAAAAGGUCAAUACUCAGAGUUUCCACCGCAACCAUUAAAACUGAAUAAAUGCGUUUCAUCACUGCACACUGGAAAUCAAAUGAAGUCCACUGGUGACACAUGUCACCUUGAGAUGUCUCAUCUUGUUGUUUUUGUCUGAUCCAACACUCAGGAGUGCAAAGUAUUCAAUCUACUAGUGUAACAGAUCUGACUGACUCUUCUUCUCCUUUAAAAUAACAGAAUCUUUGGACCUUGAACUCUCACAUCUCUGCACUUUAUGAAGUUGAUGUUGUGGGAAAUGUUAGAAAAUGAGUGUUCAAAAAAAGGAAAUAAAGAGUGUAACAUGUUGCUGAUUUCUGAUCUCUGGAAGCAAAAAUAUAGUAUUGUAGAUGACACGUUUUAUAAGUUAUAGCUAGAUAAUUGGAUUAUUGAGAAAUUACAGUAUUAACUGAGGGAUCAAGACACAAACAUUUUAAUUUUCUUACUAUUGUAUUGUAUUGUAUUGUAUUUUUAUUUUUAUUUUUAUUUUUAUUUUUAUUUUUAUUUUUAUUUUUAUUCUAUUCUCAUUUCUUAACUGAGCUGUUGUGAAUGUGUGUUUCCCCCCUGGGGGAGGAAUAAAG